AUGAAGUUUGAACAUUUGUAUAUGUAUGUCAGUCUUAGAAAAGAUUUUUUGUUGUUAGCGUUCUUGGCGCUAUCCACUAUUGCAAAUGGUCUGGUACCGGCAAUAACGUCAAUUUUGACUGGUAGGGUGUUUGAACUUCUGAGUAAGUUUACGAAAGCCGAAGAGUAUGGUAUUGGUUACCUACAACAUCAAUUGACAUUGAAGUCGAUGGCCAUUUUAGCUCUGGGUGCUGCCGGCAUUCCUAGCAUGUGGAUGUCCAUUUCAAGUUGGAUGGCUUUAGGGGAAAGACAGGGUUUUAGAGUAAGAUCCAAGUUAUUGGAAGAAUACCUGGAGAAACCAAUGGAAUGGUAUGAUCUCAAGGAGAAUUUGGCUGGUGACUUCACGCAGCUGAACAGAUGUAUGGAAGAAUUAAGAUCGGGUUCCGCAGAAGCGUCGGCUGUGACAUAUCAGAACUGUGUGGCUAUCAUCGCUUUGAUUUGCGUUUCCUUCUAUUACUCAUGGCAGCUGACGCUAAUUAUUCUAUGUACGUCGCCAUUUAUUAUUGUAUGUGCAGCAUGCUUUUCGAGAUUUAUUCAGAAAUAUGCAUCCUUUGAGAAUAAAGAGACUGCAGCAGCUGCCGAUUUACUGAUGUGGACAAUGGAUUCAUCGCAAACCGUCAAGUUGUCAUGCACACAGUCAAAAGAGAUAAAAAAAUUUGAGACACUAGUAUCCAAAUGUAAUGACUAUUUUAUCAGAACGUCAUUAUUCACAGCAGCCAAUAUCGGUAUAUUGAGGUUUCUAACAUUAUCUAUGUUUGUUCAAGGAUUUUGGUUUGGUUCAACAAUGAUCAGAAAGGGAAAAUUAAAUAUUUCAGACGUCAUUACAUGCUUUUAUUCUUGCCUUAUGUUGGGUUCGAUUCUAAAUACUACAUUGCAUCAUGUCAUUUUCAUUCAGAAAGGACAAGUUGCUUUAGCAAAAAUCCAAAAAUUCAUUAAUGAGAGUCCAGAAUUACCAAGCAAGACGUUAACUAGUAGUGGAUUGGUUUACUCUCAUGUUGACAUAUCGAUAGAUAAUUUAACCUUUGCAUACCCAAGCAGACCUACUGAAAAUGUUUUGAAGAAUGUUUCAUUAAAAAUAAAGUCUGCUAGAACUACUUUCAUUGUUGGUAAAUCUGGUUCAGGUAAAUCAACUAUAACUAACCUGAUAAUGAAAUUUUAUGAAGAUUAUAAAGGUAAUAUAAUCGUAGGCGAUAAAGAUAUACGCAGUGUACCUAUCGAUGAGCUGUUACAAAAUAUUACCUUAGUGGAGCAAAGGUGUACGUUGUUUAAUGACACAUUGAAAAACAAUAUUUUACUUGGUAGCAAGUACACUUCUCAGACUAUCAACGACGGAUUAUUGUCAUCUAUUUGCUCACUUGCUUGUUUAGACUCUGUAAUCUCAUCGCUACCUGAUGGAAUUGAAACAAGACUUGGCACUGAUGGCAUAACAUUAAGUGGUGGUCAGCAACAAAGAGUGGCACUUGCGCGUGCAUUUUUAAGAGAUACUGAUAUAUUGAUUCUAGAUGAAGCUGUUUCAGCUUUAGAUAUCAUGCAACGUGAAAUUUUAAUGAGAAACAUAUCUAAAGUUCGUCAAAAUAAAACAACUAUUAUAUUGACGCAUGAUCUUAAUCAAAUUAAUGACAAUGACUAUAUAUAUUUAUUUGAGAACAAUGAGAUAAAAGAAAAUGGAUUUAAAAAAACGUUAAUGAACGAUGAAAAUACAUUAUUUUACAAUAUGUAUAAUCUGCAGAGAAAUGCAGCUAUAACUGACAGUAGAGCUUCUUCACCAACAAUUUAUGAUAAAGAUGAAGUAUAUGAAAAGAAAGAUGACUUUGUUAUUAGUCCAAUUAGUGGUGAAACCUUUGAUGUUAUGAAAUAUUAUUCGGAGGAAUCCUCAGAUGAUACUGAAUCUAUUCUAUCAUCAAAAAACACUGAUACAGAAUCAUCCAAUCCAAACUCUAAGGUACCUAUAAAAUAUAUAAUAAAGAGAAUGGUAAGAACAUGUAAAAUGAAACCUACUUUGUUUAUGGGAUUAUUUUGUGCAGUUGUUGCUGGUGUCACAAAUCCUUUGUUUUCUUGGGGUUUCAGCUAUUUGCUAAAUGGUAUCCUUCCUUCUUCUAGUGGUAUUGGGUCUUCAUAUUAUUUGUUGAAAUGGUCACUGAUAGUCUUAGCAAUAGCAUUGGCAGAUGGUACAUUUAAUUUCAUCAAAAUAUUUAUACUAGGUUACUGCAGUGAAUAUUGGAUUAUGGAUUUAAGGAAUGAGCUGAUGCAAUGCGUGAGUCAAAAGAGAUUUGAAUGGUACGGUAGAUCCUCAAAUAAAAGUUCUGAAAUUUCAGCACUUGCAUUAAAUGAUCUAAGAGAUCUGAGAACUUUGGUCACUGAAUUUUUAUCUACCAUGUCUACUUUUGUCACAGUGUCAAUGAUGGGUUUAAUUUGGGCUAUUGCUACAGGGUGGAAGUUGAGUUUAGUUUGCAUUUCUAUGUUUCCACUAAUUAUUAUUUUUUCGAUGAUAUAUGGUACUGUUCUACAGAAUUACGAGACCUCAUACAAAUCUGCAGUUGCCGAUUUAGAGAAUUUGCAAUACGAAAUGAUCACUAGCAUCAAGACGAUUAAAUGCUUAAGAUUAAAUGAUCACUUUCUAGGAUUAUAUUCUGAAUUAGAAAAGAAGAUGAAAAGGAUUGCAAAAAAACGUACCAUAGUUACAGGUUUGGGUUUAUCGAUGCUUACCACCAUAACUACAUGUAUCCAGUCGAUUCUAUAUUAUUAUGGAUUAAAAUUGGUUCUUACAGGAGAAUACACGUCCAAGACUAUGUUUCAGACAUUUACGUUAGUACUAUUUACUGUGACAACUUGUAAUAGUUUAGUGAGCCAGAUUCCAGAUGUCAGUAGAGGCCAAAGAGCAGCAAGCUGGGUAUUAAGAAUCAUUGAUGAGAAUGAAUACACAAAGGAAGUAAAUGGCGAAGAUUGCCGAGUGGAAACAAUCGAACAUGAAAAUGACUCUGAUCCACUCAUUGAGAUCGAGAACCUAAACUUCCACUACCCAAACACUCCUGGCGUUAAUGUUUACCAAGACUUGAAUUUAAAGAUAAAUUCAGGUGAGACUAUUGGAUUAGUUGGACAAUCUGGAUCUGGAAAAUCAACGCUAAUGUAUUUAUUGACAAAACUAUACGAUGUGCAGGACAAUAGAAUCUUGAUCAAUGGAACAGAUAUUAACGACUGGAGCUAUGAUAUUCUCAGAGCCGAAAUAUGCGUUGUCGAGCAAAAGCCUAAUCUGUUCCAUGGGACCAUAAGAGAAAACAUCACGUACGGUGUUUCGGAAAAGAACCCUGUUUCAGAGACGGAGGUCCAAGAGCUAUUGCAAUUGGUUGACAUGCACGAGUUCGUCGAGGCACUACCGAAAGCACUGGACACGGUGGUCGACAUAGGGUUGCUUUCUGGUGGACAAGCACAGAGACUUUGCAUUGUGAGAACCUUGUUAAGGAAACCCAAAGUGCUGAUUCUAGACGAAUGCACGUCGUCGCUGGACGCGCAGACCACGCAGAUAGUCAUUGCCCUCAUCAAAGACCUAAACACAAAACUUGGCUGGGACAUUCUCACCAUCGUCAUCACUCACAACCGCCAGAUGAUGCAGUGCUGCAGCCGACUAGUAGUCCUAGAUGUAGGACGUGUAGUAGAAGACGGCCAGUUCGAUGACCUGCACCAACCCGGCCGCAUCCUCCACAGCAUCCUCUCCAGUGGCGAGUAG